CGUCGUUGUUAUUACUGUUAGUUACUUGUCCGCUUAGAGAGAAACCCGAUUGUUAAUGUACGUGUUGUUGUGCCGUGGCGUUUUUGGUGUACUGUACGAUUUUGUUAAUAUGGGACAGUGGUGGAAAGUGUGCGCGUACGACAAUGUUUUUCUGGCUCGUUGUACAAGUAAAAUACCCAUCUUUCGUCCCUCGCAUUAGCGCUUUUCGUACAGAAAACAAAAUUAUGAACCUCCGCGAGAGUUUAAAUUGAUCACCUUCCCGUCAGUUUUACAUAGAAAAAGUGAUCAGUCUUGUGGUCACGUUGUUGCUACGGUUCGCGGCUACAGAACUGUGUUGUGUUGAUUCAUUAAAGUCUUUUUUACUCGUCUUGACGACAUACCGAUAAUAUUGGUGCACCACCGAACGCAUUUUUAAUUAUCACGCGCAAACAAGACAAAUUAAUUCGAAUUAAUCGCUAUCGUCAUAGUCUGCUGUCGGCCGAUGAUAAUUAGUUCGAGUUAAACUUUCGAACAGAAAAUAUUUACAUAUUAUUAAUACAUAACACAACAGCUUGGGUCCGAUUCGUGUCUGUUUUUUUUCUUUCCGCAUAUUUUUGUGUUUCUUCGUAUACCCCGUUUUAUUUAGUUUUUGUCGAAAAAUAUCGAAAAUAAACUUCACCGCCUCGUACCUAAUGUGAUUUUCUCUUCUGUCACGUGCCUGAUAUGUAAUAAUAAUAAAACAAUAUGCGAUAACGUUUCAAAGUAUACCUCAAUAGAAAAAGAGUUUAGUAGUUUCCGCGUUUUCUUGUCUCGAUUUUCCCGAAAGAGUCAUGGACGAGGGCGCGAAUUCGUCGUUGGCGGACGAAGUACAGAACAAUUUCGUGGAAAAUGACAAUUGGAUAUUGGAAGCUCAGGCUGCGAGUAACAACCGCAAGGGACGUAGGAAAUCCUGGCAUGCUUUGAAAUUCGAUCGGAAACGGAGAAAAGAGUUACAAGAGCACGGCAGUUUUCCCGAAUUAAGGAGAAAACGGCACUCGUGGUGGAACAUUUUCGCCAAUCAACAAAUUUCGAGGAGUAAGAGUGUAGACCAUGGCCUCCUAAAUCCUUUUAGUUUAGAGGGUCUUCAUAUCAAAGAACAAGCAGAAGAAAAAGAUGGUGAAUUGCCAACCGUUAGGGAAAGCAAAAAGGAACCGCCAGAUCCAACUAUUACGUACAUUGUAUCAGAUAGAGAUACGUUAACUUCAGUAGCUGCUAGAUUUGAUACAACACCUUCGGAGCUGACAAAGUUGAAUCGUUUGGCAACUCCAUACAUUUUCCCGGGUCAGAAAUUGCAAGUGCCCGACAGAACGAAAAAAGAAGACAACGAUGUAUCUGACGAGAAGAAAACUCCAAUACCAACUCUGUACGAAGACCUUCCUUCAGAGGAAAAAGAACUCCUGGAAAACUUACGACCGGUCAGUCCGAAGCCUGGACACGUGGAGCGUAUCAGAACACCCUCAGUGGCAGGUUUUGGAUCAGGAUCGACAGACAGCGCUGUUGCCAGCGGAAGUCUAUCUGACUCGUCACCGUUUACCGCUCGUUUCCUUAAGAUCAACGUACGCCAUAUCACCGACGGACAGGGAGUGGUGGGAGGAGUGCUUCUCGUCACCCCUAACGCCGUUAUGUUCGAUCCGAACGUGUCCGACACGCUCGUAAUCGAACACGGACCCGAAGCAUAUGGUGUGAUCGCACCAAUGGAAUUCGUAGUCAACGUCGCCAUAUACUACGACAUUGCGCACAUGCGCACCGGACAACACGGUGUACGAUCGCAAGAUCAGAACAUGCAAUACGAAAAACCUGAGAUCUAUCAUGGAAAAUCAUCAAUGAACGAGAAGAGCAUUGGCGAUGAUCACGAGCCCGACUCGCUUAUGGUCAAGGAUGAAACUUUUCCGGAACUUGUAGUUUUAGAUGUGACAGUUGCAGGAGACGAUGCCGAAUCGGUUUGUUCGAGUGCUGAACGUGAAGGAGACGCCUUCCCAAAAGCUUUCGAAAGAGAACUAGUCACACCUGUAAAUAUAGAAUCUGGUGAUAAUAAAUAUAGCGUAGAAGACAGACGUAAAUCAUUGCUGGAUCAUCAUUGGGCUGUGCCAUCCAAGGAUAGAGAGUCAAUGGAUGUGGAGGAAAUAUCAGAACCGUUAACACCAUCAUAUCAGGAAUUGAAAGAAAACGAGAAAGAAAGCUUAACUAAAGAAAGUUGCCAUGAUUCAGGAAUAGACGUACAUGAUUUCACUCCUAUUCCCUCUGCACCACCACUUCCACCUUCCCCUUCGCCGCCUAUAGUUCCUCCAAUUCAACCGAUUCCCGUAAAAACAAAAUACAGUGAUGCGGACAUAAUACUCUCGAACGAUUGGGUACCAGCACUGCCUCUGCCAGCAUCUCACGUUUUAGGAAGCAGCGAUACAGAAAGCCCUGCUCGCAAGAAAACCAGUUCAGUAUCAUUCAGUCUGGACUCAAACACGGACACUUCAGAAACUACAGAUGUAACUACUACUCAAAAGGAGAAGAAAAAAGAGACAUUGUCAGAAAGAGAAACGGGAGAACAAAACAGGAAGAAUAAGAUGUUAAAACGUCUUUCCUACCCGUUAUCUUGGAUGGAAACUUUCUCAACGGACAAGGAUCAAGAGAAAUCUAGUCAGCAACAACCACAUUCAGCGGACUCACAACACACAUCAGUAUUCUCGAAAGUGUUCUCCAGGAGAUCAUCUGUGGGAACGUUUAUAAGACAGCCGACUGAGUCGUCUAAACCAUCGAAAUCGCUUCAGCCUAAGUUAGAUUAUAGAUCAAUGGUGUCGGUUGAAGACAUGCCAGAAUUGUUUGUUUCCUUUGAUAAAUUAAUUCCAACGCCUGCACGAUCUUGCGAGGAUCCUCCAUUAUACUUGAGGCUUAGAAUGGGAAAACCAUUGGACAAACCAAUACCCAAAUCUACUCCGCUCAUGUCGUAUGGUAAAAAGAAGAUGAGACCAGAGUAUUGGUUCAGUGUUCCCCGUAACAGAGUUGAUGAUCUCUAUAAUUUUAUUCAGGCCUGGUUUCCUCAACUGUACGGAGAAAUUGAUGAAGAAGAAAUUAAAAGUCGAGGAUUUAUGCUGAUCGAAAACGAGACUGAACUUUGGAGCCCGGACUCUACUCCUUCGACAAGCAGACACGGGAGUCAAGGAGAUGUACCGGAAUUUACAAAAGAAAGUUGGGAGGUAAGGUAUCGUUUCUAUUAUAUCAUUACAAAAUUAGUUUAGUUCUCAUCAAAUUUU